AUGUACGUACGGCAACUUCAAGGCGACAGUACGAGCCCAUCGUACAAAGAACCUUUGCAUGGUAAUACCAUGGACGACGGAGCAUUUGUCGAAUCGCUAUUUGCGCCUGAGAUGCGACCAAUUGUUGUGGGCUCGUCCAGUCUCUUUCCAUCGUUGCCAACUUGUGGUCGUGUGAAGGCACUUAGUAACUUUGUCCCGACACCACCAGGAAGUGGCAAUUUCAUACCCCCGCAACCACCAAAUUCACUUCUUGGUGGUGGCAUUGUUGCAUCUUCAUCGUAUAAUUUACCAUUUCAAGCACCAAAUGAGGAGACGCCACAAUUUGUACGAAUAAAUGACGAAGAAAUGUUUGGCCACAUGCUUCAUGCACAAGAUUUUCAUGACACUCAAGGAAAAUCGGCUACAAACAAUCUUGCAUUGCUUUUAGAGCCGUUGGAGUUACCUCGUACUACUGAUACAAUCAUGACAAAAGAAACCUUAGCUACAAGUGCAGCUACUUCCAACUCAACGUAUGGACUUGAUACGACUUUAAUGUCAAAUUAUCCAACUACUGGACAAUUAUAUUGUCAGAAUUAUCAGUUUUCAACAAUGGCAACACCACAUGCAUGGGGACAAGACACUACAUCAUUUCAUGACACAAGUACGCCACAAAUAAUCAAACAAUCAGUGGCACAAGCAUCUGUGGCAUCAUCUAUCAUGCAACAUCAACCAAGUCCAGGAUCAGUUGACAUGUAUCAUCCAAUAGUACAAUCUCAACCCGCAACUUCAGGAAUAUGGCUUGCCAUGUUAAAUUCGAAUUCUCCGCCACAAAGUACUGAGUCUCUCGAUCGACCAUCAUUCUCACUCACAAUUUCUCCACCUGCAUCAUUAACAAGUAAUUCAUUAAAAGAAUUAAUUGUAUCGGCGGAUCUUGAGACACCAUCAAAAGCAUCAAAACGUUCUCGUAUGGAAUGUAGUUCUCACUCUCAAGAAAAAGCUACGAAUCUCACGAAAGGAAGAGGAAAAGGAUUUGGAAAAUUAGCCAAAGGAAAAAAAUGUGUGGAACUAGAUUGUAUGCGAAGAGCUCAAUCGAAUAGUCGUUGUAAAGCUCAUGGAGGUGGUGCAAGAUGUCAAUUUACGGGACCUGGUGGAUGUAAUCGAAGCUCUCAAGGUGGUGGAUUCUGUCGAGCACAUGGAGGUGGAAAACGAUGUGAAUUUCCAGGUUGUACACGAGGACAACAACGUAAAGGUCGAUGUUAUGUCCAUGGUGGCAUUCGAAAGUGUCAAUUUGAGAAAUGUGAAAAGAAAGAUCGUGGAAAUGGAUUUUGUAUUGCUCAUGGAGGUGGAAAACGAUGUGAACAUGUUGGAUGUUCACGUGCAGUUCGUAGAGGACUAUUAUGUCAAAUACAUGACGUGGGAAACGAGGAACGAGAGAGCUUAUUGAUGUAG